GAGAGCACUGACUGACUGACUGACGUAGGAUGCAGCAAGUAUGGAUGGAUGAUGCUUCUCUCCAUGGAGUACAUUGAAUGCCUCUUUGAACACAGUGAACAGGUACAGUUACUGUGCAUUGAACAUCCAACCCCGGCUCAAGCUCCGAUGACCCACCAACUCAUCACACGGCUCGUGAAAGUAUCUGUCGAAAUAUCUCGAGUUCCUCAACGAGAAAUCCGUCAUUCAUAAUGGUGGUCCAUCUGAUCUCCGUGGCCUUUACUGGGUUCAUCCUGUACUUGUCAGUCCCGGGCUCGGAUUUGUUCUCCUGGCAUCCCACUUGCAUGAGUGUGGCCUUUAUCCUGUUGCUCCUUCAAGCUAUUGUGGUGUUCUCCCCCGAGAGCUCCCUGUUCCCCACCACACCCCGACCAGAGAAGGUCCAACUCCAUUGGAUCUUGCAUGCCUUCGGCACGGCAUCGGCCGUCUUUGGGUUUGCGGCCGUCUAUUUGAACAAAGAGAUGAACAAUCGGAAGCACUUCACCACGUGGCACGGCAAGUUUGGCUUGGCCACUGUGGUAGGCGUGUUUUGUGCCGUGGUGGGUGGGCUUGUGGCGAAAUAUGCGCUCAACUUCCGGAAAUAUGUCAAGCCCAUCAACAUUAAGAUGUAUCAUGCCACGGCGGGUAUGAUCGUGUUUUGCUUGGCCAUGGCCACUGUCUUCCUGGCCGGCUAUUCCAAUUGGUACAAGAACCGAGUAUCAGGAUGGCUCUGGCGAAUCACGAUUUGGAUGCCGGUCGUAUUAGCCACAUGUGUGGCCCGUCAAGUGACCCAAUCCUACUUGCCCCGGGUAUUGACCCCGCGGGAGAGCGAACUGGACGCGAAAGCCAAGAAGAUCCAGGAGAAGAUCGAAGAGAAGCUCAGACGCCAACAAGAGCGGAAACGCUCUGGGAAUAACGGCAAGAGUUCGGAGAGCGAGGAUCCAACAGAGUUGAAUAGUGUUCAUAACUAGUAUUACUUUAUUGAUCCUUAGUGUUUAGGUAAUUCAAAUGCAUUAAAAACGAGUAAAACCAAUGCGUUCAUUCUUUCAUAAAAGGGUUUGUCGGAUCCUAUUGCCAGGCGUGUAGGUUCAAUGGUGGGUGAUGCAUAUGAUCCAUGCAAUUAAAGCCGCGAUUCGUCUUGGCAUGAGGGAUGUGGAACAUGUUCUUGGGCAAGAACAGGUCGCUAUGUACGUCGGCAUUGUCGCACAACACCCGGGCCAAGGUCUGGGUCUUGAUGGUCUUCAAUUGAUCAUGAGUGAACUGGCCUGGAUUUGUGUAGAAAAACCGAUCUCCGGUUCUCAGGCGCUCGAAUUGUUCCUUGACCAAACAAUGCAUCGUUGGCCCGAGAAGAGAAUCCAUGUGAGGUUUUUCCAUGUUUCCACCCACAUACAGAUCCACUUCUUCGGGUUGUUUGUAGACCAUCGCUAAUUUGUGGACUAGUGGUUGCGGGAUGAAAUCGGAAAGCUUAUCCCACGUUUUGGACUCGCCCAAGCCGCAGAACUCCCUAAAAUGAAUAAAAGCAUAAGGAAAACGGAGGAUCACAUCAUUUUCUCCAAUCUAAUUCAAUCUCACCUGUAGGAGGCAUAGCCGGGAAUCAUGUGAUCUCGUCCACGUUGAAUGUUCAAGGACACGAUAUCAAGCCCGAAGUUCUCUUCUUUCUCAGGGAAGAGCCAUUCCGUCAUUUCGUGCGAGUAAACAUUGUUGAAAUCUUGCAGGGAUUGAGUGCAAAGCCCUCGCAUCAUAUCGUCGUAGGUGUUAUUGGCUAACAAAUGGAGCGGAUUAUGGAACACGUCCCGAAGCCUCAUGACAUUGGACACGUCGUAUCGCUCGUUCCUUAAAAUGAAUGCCCCGGCGAUAUAGGUGUGAAGACGAUAGGCAGCACUAGAAAACACCAUUGAGAUUGUAGCAUCCACAUUCGGAUUAUAUCGAUCUUCAUGGAGGGCCACAGGACUGGAUCGGACCGUAUUCUCGCCCAAAAGGGCAUCCAUAAAGUUCGUGUAGGUGAUGUGUUGAACGAUGGCGAUAUUGAUCUUCCGGGCUUCCUGAUACACUUUCUCAUCGUCCCAAUGCGGAUGCAUCAUCUUGAGUUCGUUGGCCAGACGGUUGUGAUUGC